AUGGUGGAGAAGGACGAGAACUCCUGCGAUGAAGGAUGCCAAAAAUUUCGUAUUGAUGUUGUCAUACAAAACUUAGAGGCGUCAUCUGAAUACCAUAAGGAAGACGUCGAAUUAGUAUACUUCAUUGGUGCCUACGAAGAGUUGAAUAAGUUCAUCGGUCUGUUGGGGAAGAUUUUUCAUUUUGUACAAGCAGAUGUCCGAGAGAAAACCAACAAAUUACUUGAUCUUCGCAGAAAGAAUCCGGAUUCUUAUCGCAGCGUGAAAUCCAUGGUAACCUUUGAGAGCAAGCAGCAGCACUACCCCGGCUCGAAAGCGCUUCUCGGCCUUCACAGGGCGCUGGAGUUCAUUGCAUCCUUCAUCUCAGGCUUAGCUGAAAGUACUAAUGAGGAUAGCGUGGCUUCAAUUUGUCGCAAAAGCUACGAGGAGACGUUGUCCAGGUUUCACAACUGGAUGCUGCGGAAGGCCGUCAGUUUGGCAUCAUAUACUCUCCCCUCUCGCGGACAACUCAUCACGUCCAUUCAAGGUGACCUACCCGAAGACGAUCACGUUCGCACUGUUCUCACUGAUGUUGUAUUUAAAACGCAAGUUGUCUAUAACCGUGUCAACAAUAUUUACUCUGAGUAUGACCUCCAUUCCCUGUUGUGA